AUGAAGAAGCAUGAAGAUGUCUUGAUAUCAGGGGUCAUUAAGAGAUCUUCAUCAGUCAUUUCAGACUCAGGAAUUGAAAGCGAACCCAGUUCAGUCGCUUGGUCUGAUGCAAAAAGCAAAGCCUUGGAGUUGGCCAGUGAUCAAGAGAUCCUUCACCAGCUAGUCAACCGGCACGCAAUCCAUCGGAAUUCCCUAGAAGGCGGACGUACGGAAAGCAACACAAGUUUGCCUAAUGGCAUACAGGCCUCACUUACGUCUAUUAGCUCCUUGCCUUAUGAGGAAGACGAACGGGAGGUGGAGCCCAGCAAGUUGACAAAAUCAAUCUCUGCUCCUCAGAUCAGUAGUCCCGAGGAAUCCGUGGAAGUCAUGGAUGUAUCCAAACCUGAUAAAAACAUCUCAGGUGGGCACGAUGUGGAAACGGGAAAUGUCAGAAUGGUCUCAGUGGGAAAUAUUUCCGCCUGCCAGGAUGGAGAACCUCAACUGUCCAGUGGUUUGACGGAACACCCCAAAUCCGAUUGUAAUGCUACUCACUUGCAAGGGAGUGUUAAGGGCUAUCCUGACAACGACUGUAAUUUGGAAGCCACAGGGGGACCACUGCCUCAAGUAGGAUACCAGUUGCCAGAGAGAAGAGAGGAUGGCCAUUUCGAAACAGCCAAUAGUUAUUUGGAUGCAGAUGCGUCUAAUCUGGAGGUCUAUGAUGAGGAUGCAAACUUGAAUCGUGACCACAAUUUAUACGCUGCUGAUGUGUAUGCUUUCUCACACGGUGAGAAGGAGGUGAUGGACUUUUGCUAUGCCAAUCCAGACUCAACAGACUCGGCAUAUGAAUCGAACUUUACUAGCGGGAACUCUGCUAACUCUCCGGUCAGCAGCAACAAUAUAGCCUGUGGUAGAGAAAUCACAAAUUUACAGAAAGUCGGACUGGACAACAGAUCUGAGUGUGGCUCAUGCAGCACUGAGCUGGAAAAAAGGGAUCUCAAGAGCAAAGCAAAUAGCACUGGAUUUCAUUCUGCAGUGCCAGAAAAGUUGGUGCUUGAGAGUAAGAAGGCCAUGGAGAUAGUCAACUUAUCUGUUUCUUGCACAGCCACCUGUCUGCCCUUUUCUUCAGUUCUCAAGGAGACACCUCCACUGACUGUCUUGUCCACCAAGCAGGUCACAUCUCCUAUCACUCACCAACCAAUAGGGUCCUUUGGGGUCAUCUCUUGCGAAUCUAGUAAAGUGGGAGAAGAAGACAAUGAACAAAUGCUCAAGUAA